GUCGAAGCUGUUACUGUUGUGGAGCUGAUUGGCAGACUUUUCCAGAUCUUUACCAAGUUGCUGAAAGAGAGGGGCUUUCUUCUGUUUGUUUCAUAGACUUUCAUAGACUGGAAUAAACGUCUUCUGGAGUGACAGAUCUUGGUGGGAGCUGCCUUCACAACUACCACAUUGGUCUGUCUAAUGCGCUACAAGGAUGAGCCCGGCAUUUGGAGCUAUGGAAGUGGAGCACUAUUCCAAAGGCGUCCUGCUGGAGCCUUUUGUUCACCAGGUUGGAGGUCACUCCUGUGUCCUCCGGUUUAAUGACGAGACCAUCUGUAAGCCCCUCAUUCAGAGAGAGCACCAGUUUUAUGAGACUCUUCCUGCAGAAAUGCGUAAAUUCACUCCUCAGUACGAAGGUGUGGUAUCUGUAAGCUUUGAAGAAGAUGAAGAUGGAAACCUGUGUCUAAUAGCAUAUCCAUUAAAUGGGGACCAUGAUAGCUUGGAAAGCCUAGAUAAUUCUGACUGUGAACCCAAAAAUAAAUUGUUACGUUGGAGUAACAAAAAGACUGUAUUACUAGAAAAUGAAAAGCUAACUAAGGAGUGGGUCCGGCAGCACAGAAAAGAAGAAAAAAUGAAAAGUCAUAAGUUAGAGGAAGAAUUUGAAUGGCUGAAGAAAUCUGAAGUAUUGUAUUACAGUGUCGAGAAAAAGGGGAAUGUCAGUUCACAGUUCAAACAUCAUAAUCCUUGGAGUAUGAAAUGCCACCAGCAGCAGUUACAGCAGAUGAAGGAAAAUGCGAAACAUCGAAACCAAUAUAAAUUUAUCUUGCUGGAAAACCUAACCUCACGAUACGAGGUGCCUUGUGUGUUGGAUCUGAAGAUGGGAACCCGUCAGCAUGGAGAUGAUGCAUCUGAAGAAAAGAAGGCUAAUCAGAUUCGGAAAUGUCAGCAGAGUACUUCAGCAGUUAUUGGAGUCCGGGUGUGUGGUAUGCAGGUUUAUCAGCCAGGCACUGGCCAGUUAAUGUUCAUGAAUAAAUACCAUGGAAGGAAGCUUUCAGUCCAAGGAUUUAAAGAAGCACUUUACCAGUUCUUUCAUAAUGGCAAAUACCUGCGAAGAGAACUCUUUGAACCUGUUCUAAAGAAACUGUCUGAAUUAAAAUCUGUUUUAGAGAAACAGGAAUCUUACCGCUUCUACUCCAGCUCUUUGCUUAUCAUUUAUGAUGGAAAGGAAUUGCAAGAAGUAGCUGUGGACUCUGACCCAGAAGACCUUGAAGGGCUUUCAGAAGAGUCAUCUGAUGAAUCGGCAGGUGCUUAUGCCUACAAGCCCACUACUAGCUCUGUUGAUGUUCGAAUGAUAGACUUUGCCCAUACAACAUGCAGGUAUUAUGGAGAAGAUAGUGUGGUGCAUGAGGGCCAAGACACAGGAUACGUUUUUGGACUUCAAAACUUAAUAGCUAUUAUUAAAGAAAUAAGGGACGAGAGCAGUGAAUAAACAUUUAGAAUGCAAAACAGUAGAAAGCACUAUAGUGACUCUUUGUAUUCCAGAACUAUUGACCACUUUUUGGUGGUAGCAACCUGUACAGACUCCGUUGGGGUGGCCCUGUUGGAGUCACAGCUGUUCAGAAGAGGGCAUUUCCUUCUAGUGGUGCUAGAAGUAGCACUGAUGCAUCUGGGUAUCUAUAUUAUUUAUUUUAACUCUUGGAAACAUUCCAUAUUUGUUUAUUCAAAUACCUCUGUUAUCCCUGUGUGUAUAUGUUUCAAUAAAAUUCUUUUUGUUCAUUGCAAA